CCCUGGACAUGAACAAUGGGCGGUCAAAACAACACCUGCACACUGUGACAAUCAUCUACUGUGCUGAGAGAUGAUUCGCACCGCCGAGCAAACCAGUCAAGCUUUUCUUCUCUGAAGGAACUCUACUCAAAAUCGUCUUAUCCAAGGCUGCGGGCGUGUUGUCAAACACCUGACAAGCAACCGGAAACAUCAGGCUUUUGUGUCGCUGCAGAGAAGGAUUGUGCACCAGGGAGGUUUGGCCAACAGCCAGCAGGAGUAUGAAACUGGAAGUAAGCGACAUCAAUCUAAAAGUGGGGGAUCAGCUGAAGAUAAAAGGAGAGAUUCCACACGAUGCUGAAAGAUUCCAGAUCGACCUGGGCUUGGAUGCCGAGGACCUGGCCCUGCACUUCAAUCCUCGUUUCCAUGACGACACAGCUGUCGUGGUGUGCAACUCCAAGACUGCGGGCUGCUGGGGGGAAGAGAGGCGGGAAACACAGCACCCCCUGCAGAGAGGCAUGCAGGUCAAGAUGGUGUUGAAGAUGACCGGCCAGAUGUUUGAAGUGGAACUUCCCCACGGACACCACAUCUACUUUCCCAACAGGGAGGACUUGGAGGUCAUGAAGUACCUGAGCAUCACAGGAGACUUCAAAGUGACGUGCUUGAAGAUGUGCAUGUAGAAUAAGAAAGUAGCAAAGCUCAACAUUCACCAACAUCAACAUUGCUUUUCUCCACGCUGCCAAGCUAAAGAAAUAAAUGCGGUCGUGAAAAAGCCGAGGAUGAAGAAAUAAAUGCUGGAUUGUUGAAAAUGUUGUGGGAAAUCCAUAAAAAAUGCUUAAUAAAUAAUAAAGUGAUAUCUUUUAACCAAGUAU